AUGGAUCUUGGUGCAGAAAGGGCGACUGAUCACGAACCUUUGAACAUUGUUGUCCUCGGUUCCUCGUUUGCCGGAUUAGCGGUUGCCCACAAGUUUUUACGAAACACGAUCGAAGAGAUCGGCGUCACCCGUAGUGCUCCGCGCUAUAAACUUGUUCUCGUCGGGCCUUCAACAUGUCUAUACUGGAACAUUGGUGCUCCCCGCGCGAUUGUUGACGCAACGCGUCUUCCCAUUGACAAGGUUUUCAUUCCUUUCCUGCCACUAUUCCAAGACUAUCAGAGAACUCGGUUCCAAUACAUUCAAGGCAAAGCCACGUCCAUCGAUUUUCCGUCCCGUACCGUCAUUGUCGAAGAUGUCGACACAACGUCGUGGUCGUCGCAAGCUUCACGUACCGAAGGUGAGAAGCGAACGUCUGGAGUAGCCACCAAACGAAUGGUUCAAUUCCAUGCUCUGGUGAUCGCAACGGGAUCGUCAGCUGACUCUCCGCUACUAUCGCUUCAUGGGCCUCACGAAAAGACUGUCAAGGAACUGCAGGCCUUUCACGAGCGUGUCGCAUAUGCCUCAAGCAUCAUCAUUGCUGGGGGUGGCCCCUCGGGAAUUGAGUGCGCCGGCCAACUUGCCACGUGGGGAAAGAAAGACAAGAAGGCAAAGUCGUUGCAUGCAAUGACGAGCUCUGGAUCUGACUCGGUAGAAUUUGAAGAAGCGAGUUCUUGGAGGAGGCUACGCAAACCGACACCUGAGGACGGAAACGAGGGCGAAGCUCGACCUUCGUCGGCCCCGGUUGCGCGGUCCUCAAACGCUCGCAAGACCAUCAUUCUGAUCUCCGGACAUGAUCGGCUCUUGCCACGCCUCCCGCCAGAGUACGGCGCGCAAGCAGAGGCCAAACUGAAGAAGCUUGGCGUGAGCAUCAUUCACAACUACCGCGUCGAGCGAGCAGUCGAGACAGGCUCUGGCAGCAUACGCUGCAUCCUGGACGACGAAUACGCCAUAUCCUGCGACGUCUUCCUCCCUGCGACUGGCCUGCAUCCGAACACGGACUUCAUGCCCCCGGACAUGCUCACCGCGUCCGGGUACAUCGACGCCGACCCCCAGUCGCUGCGGGUCCCGAACGUGGAGCGCGUCUACGCCAUCGGCGACUGCGCCAGCCACUCGAAGAACAGCAUCCAAGACGUGUACGACUCCCUGCCCGUCGUCCUGCAGAAUCUGAAGGUGGACUUGCUGGCCUACGAGUACAGGAGGGAGCAUCCGUUCGGGGGCCAGGGCGUGGAGGCCAAGCUUGAGGCUUUGGAGGACUUUGCCUACGUGCAGAACCCCACCGACUCUCAGCUCAUGCCGAUCAGCAGGUUCGGAGGCGUGGGCAUCCUGUUCGGCAUCAAGCUGCCCAGCUUUAUGGUGUGGCUUAUGAAAGGGCGGGAUUACAAGAUAGCGAGGGCCAAGUUGGCUGCCGGCGCCGGCAAAAAUCCUUACACCAUCAUCUGACGAGGACGCGGCGUUUGAUCUGCCAAAUUUUGUCCGUCCUCGCAAUUUGAAUUUGAGCCAUGAGCGUGUAUUCAUUUUUGAGUCCAUGUUUUGAAAGCAUCACGGUCCUUACC